AGCGCACCUCAGUAUGGAAAGAGUAAAGGAUCAGGAAUUGUGAAACUCACUUGAGUGUCUGCCUGAACCCAGCUGACUGUGAGGAGAGAACUGAUCUGAUUGGAUGAUUUAUUUAUCACUGACUCUGCACUCGGCUGUAUUUCUGUCUCUAUUCAGUGUGUGGAAGUCAGUGACAAGUGAAUUCAUCUGAGCUGCUGGUUUACUGACAAACUUCAGGAUGAAAUUAUUUCUCAUCUUUUUCACACUAAUGUGUGUGAGGGACACUGAAUCACAGUUUAAACAUUAUGAAAUGGAACUUCUGGAAUGUUCCGAGAAGAAUAAUGAGUUUACGCAUGAGGAUGAUGGAGAUGAGCUGUUUUAUGCAGAUUUUGAGAAGAAAAAAGUAGUGAUGAUGCUGCCUCCCUUCGCUGAUUCGUAUUAUUUCCCCCAACAGUACGAGUAUGCCGAGGGUAGCAUGCCCAUCUGCCAACAAAACUUACAGGUGUCGAAAAAAGCCUUUAAAGACUGGCCGGUGCCACAGGAUGCCCCACAAAGCUCCAUCUAUCUCAAAGAAAACAUUCAGCUGGGUUCAGAGAACAUGCUCAUCUGCCACUUCACACGAUUUUUCCCUCCACCUGUUACUGUACGCUGGACCAAAAACAGUGUGGAUGUGACGGAACAAUCUACCCUCAGCCGCUAUUACCUGAAUGAGGACAACACCUUCAACCAGUUCUCCCACCUGCCCUUCACUCCACAGGAAGGAGACGUUUACACCUGCACGGUGGAGCACGAGGCCCUGGAGACGCCCGACACCAAGACAUGGGAGGUGGAUGUUGAGCUUCCCAGUGUGGGUCCCUCUGUGUUCUGUGGAGUGGGUCUGGCUGUCGGACUGCUCGGAGUCGCUACUGGAACUUUCUUCCUCGUCAAAGGAAACGGAUGCAACUGACACUUCAGACAGAAGUAAAGUGUUAGGAGAAGGUUUAGAUUCUGACCAUGAAUUCUCAUUUUGGUUUUUCACCGAGGAAACUGUUCAUCCACUAGAGUUUAAUUCAUCUGUGAAACCAUGUAAGGUUUUAUUAAAUAUGAAGUUUUUUCUUGUUCCAUUGUACACCUGUAGGGUUGAAUUUCUUAUCUGUGUGCAGAAAUCUGUGAAUAUGUCUUUCUUUUCCAAUUUUUGUAAUGUAAUUAAUGUUAGAAGAGAAAAUGCAAAUAAAAAGGAACGAGCGCCUGCAAAUAAUUAAAGAAAUAAACUUUAUUUCCAUGAA